AUGUCCCGAUUAACCUUAUUACCAACCGAACUCCUCCUCACAAUCGCCGAAUCCCUCCCCGGCCAAAAGGACAUCAGCGCCUUCACCCAAACCACAAAGAGAACCUACAGUGUCCUCCAACUUUACCUAUACAAAAACAACAUCCAAAACCACGGCACUAGCGCCCUCCUCUGGGCCGCCAAGAAUGGCCACACAGUCCUGACCCAAAAAAUGCUCGAUGCAGGCGCUAGAAUAAGCGCCCCGGGGAAUGCGCUCUCCCUCGCAGCCAGCGGUCCACAUAUAGAAACCCUCACCUGUCUACUAUCCGAAAGAAGACCGGACCAGACAUACGAUCCUGACCAACUGCGCGAAGCACUAAUCGAAAGUGCGAUCCCGGCACGUAGUACCGAGGCGGUCAAGUUACUACUUCGACACAACGCUCCCCUCGAACCCGCAGGCGAGCUCCUGCCGAAUCCGUCCGCGCUUGGUGCGGCUGUUGCAGCGAACUGGGCUGGUAUUAUACCUUUGUUAUUAGAGGCUGGUGCUUGUCCUGGGAAGAGUGAGGUCCCCACCCCGCUCGAGCGCGCGAUUACCAUGAACAAGCCGGAGAUCGUCGAUAUAUUACUUGGGGCUGGAAUUCGGCUUGUGGAUGAUGGGGGAUUAUGCAUUAUUGCAGAGCAGAAUAACCAGAGGUUGUUGGAGGUGUUUGUUGAACUGGGACUUGAGGUUGGGAUGUGUUGGCAGGGGGCAUUGUUUGCGGCUGUUAUGCAUGGACAGACUGAGAUGGUGACUGGGUUAAUUGAGAAGGGAGCGAACCCGAAUUUAACGUAUGAUGUAUUUAUGUUGAGUUUUGAGUGUUUGCGGUAUAGUACUAUUGGGUUUGCGGUUCAGUUUGGACAAUUGGAGGUUUUGAAGCUGUUGCUUGAGAAGGGGGUUCGUGCUGAACGGGGUGAUCUUAACUUGGCGCGGGCGGAGAGCUUUGAGGAGGCCGUGGCUCUUUUGUCUGAGUGUGAUUUUGAGAAUGUGCCGCGGAAGGAGAAUGUACGUGAUUUUGUUGAGAAGAAGGCUCGAGAAAGACGGAGAAGGGAGCCUGGGUAUGAGGGUAUUAAGAUGCAGGAUUCGCUUUGUGAUCCUGCUAUGCGACUGGAGUUGGAGGAUAUGCGGGAUUAUAGCUACCCAUGGGAGAAUGAUGGUACGCAAGGUUACACUAUGUACAGUUCUUAA